AUGCUCAAUAUAUAUAAGUCAUUGAUUCGACCAAUAUUAACCUAUGGUUCUUCGGUUCUUCUACAUGCUGAAGAUAAAUUAUGGAACAGAUUACAAAUUGCUCAAAAUAAAUCAAUUCGAGCAGCACUUAAUAUACCUCAUUUUGUUUCAACUACUUAUAUACAUCAAAUAACCAAUAUUCCAUAUAUUCGUUCAUAUGUCACAAAUCUUACUGAAAGAGCACUCACAAGAAGUCAACAAUUGGAAGAUACAGUAACUGAACAAAACUUAGUCUCUCUACUUAAUUGA